AUGUCUUUGAAAGAGCAGAUUUUUCAACUACAGGAGCAGGUCAAUGCACUUUCGAAAGCUAACAGCCAAAUAAACACGAAUAUGCAAACUGCAGCCCGUGUCAAGGCCGUCAUUGCGAAUGUGUCCGACUCGGAUGAGUCACCCACAACAAUUGCGCCUUCAAGUACCUGGAUUGUGAAUAGAGAUAUGUUCUGUAAUAGUUCGAACGCUAGCCCUUCCUCGUUUCAGCAGAUCCCCAGCCCACUCAAAGCACCGUCAGAACCAGAUACGAUCGAAGCUACAAGUCCCCCAUCCAACAGCCUCCCAAUCGAUUCCCAGCUCAAUACCCUGAGAAAGCUUCGACAUGGAAGUGCUUUGAUUGACCCCGACAAUAGCUUCCAGGAUCUGCUAGCCGCAGUGAAGUUGCCAGCGCCGCGUGUUCUGUGGGACCUUGUGAGCAAAUUCUUCGAGGAUUUCGAGUCCUACUUUCCAUGUUUAAAUCAGGACAUGAUAUACGAGCGACUCUCCGAAAUUCUAUCGCUUCACGGAUUUCACAAUGGCAACCAUCAAAUUGUUAUAGAUUCUAGACAUUGCAAGAUUGUCGCAAUUCUCUUGAAUAUGCUAGCAUACGCCGAAUCACUCACAUUUCCGAUUGAAUCUUGCAAUCCAAGGCCAAUCUCGCGAAACUAUCUCCAAGGCCUUAAGUUAAUGCAACAUUUCACUCAGCUUCACGAUGGGGAUCUUGAAACCGUCAUUUAUCACACUACAUCAUCUGCCUAUCUUUUGGAAAUGUCAAUGCAUCAUAUGGCCCUCCAGAGCAUCACACAAGGGUUUCAAAUCGCGCUCCAAAUUGGGCUCAAUAACGAAACUUUGUGGCCCUCUGAUGAAUCCGAAAUUGUAUCUCGCCAAGGGCUCUGGUGGACACUUUACUUUCUCGAUAAACGUAUCACACAAAAGUGUGGCAUCACCUAUUUCCUUCGCGAAGAUGAAAGCGCCGUGAGCGACUUUGGAAAUCUCAAGGAUAAUGUUAAUUCGGGCAAGCACGAAACCUUGCAGAGCCUCGUUUCUUUCAGUCGACUCUGGGCUCAUAUUUGGGACGGAUUCUUCUCACCCCAAGCUCCCAGGGCAGAUGACUGGGGGGGAGUCACAGAUGAUGGAUACUCGGAUUAUGAUCGCGUAUCGGCAAAUACCUUCAAACCUCCAUUGGAAGUCUUCUAUGGUUUCCCAGUAUAUGAUUGCUGA